AGUCCACUUACGGAGCGCACUGCGCUGCGCCGCUGCCGUGUGUCACUCAUACUACCGCUGGCUCUUCUCCUGGGGCUCUGCAGGCUGGCCGCCGUGCAUCCGCCGAUGGAAGCCGCCGCGGCCGUGGCGCGCCGCGCCGGGCUGCUCGCGCGGGCACGGCCGGGCAGCAGGGGGCGCGCGCGGGCGUGGGAACGCGGCGUCGGCUCGGCGCCGCCCGCCGCCCGGAGAAGGCUGCUCGCCGCGUCCGUCGGGGUCGGGGAGCCACUCCCGGCGCAAUCCUUGGGUGAGGUGGCCGUGGCGCUGGAGGUGCGUGAGGAUGAGUACGAGGCGAAUUCCAUUGUUUCUUCAGAAAACCUGCCUCCCCCUGACGCUGACGAGAUAGGGCCAGUUCCUGAAGCCAAGACAGUGCGCGUCAAGUUCGUGCUGAAGAAGCAGUGCGCGUUCGGGGAGCAGUUCCUCGUCGUCGGCGACGACCCGGCCCUCGGCCUGUGGGAUCCGAGCAAGGCGACCGCGUUGGAUUGGUCGGAACACCACGUCUGGACGGCGAAGACGGAUUUGCCGGCAAACAAGUUGAUCGAGUUCAAGUUCUUGCUGCGAGAAGCCUCGGGGCACGUCCGUUGGUUGCACGGCGCUAACAGAACUCUGCGAAUUACCGAGACCACAAAUACCUUGGUUGUCCACGAAGACUGGGACCACGCCAAGAAACAGAGCGUCUACGAGGAAGAAGAGCUCUCGAUCGGGGAAGAAGAUGUGAUUUCUUCAGAGGAUCUUGCAGGAAGCAACGGCACAAUGCUGGCAGAUAAUAACAUCAUAACGGAUGAGUACCUGGGGAGUGAGUCGGAAGCAGUAGUAGCAGACGCUCCUCUGCAGGGGGAAAUGAUGGUAGCAAAUGAAACGGACCAGCCACAGUUGGCGUUGCACAAAGACGAGACGGUUCUAGAAGAGCUCCUUGAAGAAGUAAAAGCAGUAGCACAAAAUGGGAGCAACAGCAACGACACCACCUUCUGCCAGGAAGGUGCCCUGCUGGCAAAUAGGCCAAGUAUAUUAGAAAACGACUUGGCCUGGGCUGGGAAAGCCAUGCAGCAGGUGCUCCGGAUCCUCGGUUUCCAGAUCGGCACAACAAAAACAUGAAAUUAGCAUCACGAAUCUGUGUGUAUGUUGCAAACUUGUUUGGGAGAAUCAGUUGUGCCUUCACCAACUCAUUUCUAUGCUGCAAGGAACGGCAGCACUGAGGAUAGCAAUUGCAGCAGGAAAACAGCAGCUGUUUCGCCCUGCACCGUGUUGCAUAUAGCAAGUAGUAGUAGUGCAAGUAUGUUCAGUUUAGGAACAGUAACUAAUAAGGUGAGCACCGUAAAAACCUCAUACUGCUUGUCAUGAAGGCAGACUCCAGCUGCCCAGUCUGGCAAUCUCAGUUCCAAUGAGAAGUUGUAUCUGUA